AUGGCAGCUCUAACCAGCUCAGUCGUGAUUUCGAAAAGCCCUGCAUUCCCACUAUCUUAUGAUUUUGAUGAACGCUAUGUGUUUAGGUUUCUAAUUGGGCUGACCCAUGCUCAUAGUGUAGUUAAAACUGCAGUGCCACUUAUUAGAAUUACCGCCAUCAACACCAGAAGUCGGAGAAGCCAUCACGGUAUUUGCAGCCGCGACAUUUGGGACAACUCCACCAACACCGCCAGUGUGUCCACCGCCACCAUGUGGAGAUUUGGUAUUCCCGCGACCCCGUCCACGCCUACCACCACGAGACCAUCCUUCGGGAAACCCGUGGAGUUUGUAGCAAGUCUGAAUGGUGUGAUUGGCGCGGUUGCAGUGGGUGCAAAAUUGACCUGA